AUUGGUAUUAACAUUUACUGAUUCUGUUUGAAUCUAGGUGAGAUGAGAGGCGAGUUUGGUGGAGAAGAAGGCUUCCUCACAUACACACAGCCCAACUCAAAACAUAAAUAAACGCAAGGACUGCAAAUUACAGACCCGAGUAUCACCUAAUGGGGGCUUCUGAAUCUGUUCCAGAAAAAUCUAUCCAUGAAUUCAUCGUCAAGGACUGCAGAGGCCAGGACGUUGACCUCAGUAUUUACAAAGGAAAGGUCCUGCUCGUCGUUAAUGUUGCCUCCAAAUGUGGGUUCACAGAUGUAAACUAUACCCAGUUGACUGAUCUUUACCAGAAAUACAAGGACAAAGGUUUGGAGAUCUUGGCAUUUCCCUGCAACCAGUUUCUGUAUCAAGAGCCUGGUUCCAGCCAAGACGCACAGGAGUUUGCAUGUACAAGAUACAAAGCUGAAUAUCCUAUUUUCCAGAAAGUAAGAUAAUCUUUAAUUCGAACUUA